AUGUUCCGUCAAUCUAUCGCCAAGGUCGGUUCUACGUUCAAGUCCGCCACCGCCGUCCCCUCGCGCGGAUUCGCCAAGGUCACCCUUGUCGGUCGCCUCGGCGGAGAGCCGACCAGGAAGGACAUCGCCGGUGCUGAGCAGCGCGAGUACUACCUGUACAGGGUCGCAGUGGCCAAGCCGCCCAAGAAGGACGCUACUGGGCAGCUCCUUCGUGGUGAAGAUGGCAACCCCAUCCGCGACACCGACUGGUUCUCCGUCUUUAACUUCCGCGAGAACGCCGGCGCCGUGAUGCCCAACAUCCACUCUGGUGAUCUCGUGCUUGUCGAGGCCACACUCCAGAACAAGACCGACUCUGAAGGUCGGACUGAGAAUGUGCUCAGCCAGAACUCUAUCAAAGUCCUCGACCGCUCCAACAAGGUAGCCCCGGCGGCUUGA